CGAGAAGCAAAAAGUGUGAAGACACAUUGAAAAAAAUGAGUGAAAAGGACUUUGAAAUCGUCUGCGCUAAAAUAGAGGACAAAAAAGAAUUUUUGAAUUCUAUAAGCCAGGAAAUAUGGAAAAUGCCGGAGCUCAAUUACAAAGAGGUUCAGGCCCAUGCCGUGCUGACGUGCGCGCUCAAGCGAUGUGGAUUCCAGGUUCAAAAACAUUAUUUUAUGCCAACGGCCUUCAGAGCAGAAUUUUGUCCUAAAAAAGUCUCAGGUCCUACCGUAGCUAUUCUCCUCGAAUACGACGCCUUACCAGAAAUCGGGCAUGCUUGUGGCCACAAUCUCAUUGCAGAAGCUGGAUUGGCUGCAGCCAUAGCAGUAAAGGCAGCCAUGGAAGAGGAUGCUGAUCUGAAAGGAAAGUUGGUUGUGAUGGGAACUCCAGCAGAAGAGGGCGGUGGAGGAAAAAUAAGGUUGCUGGAACUGGGAGCAUUCGAAGGCAUAGACUCAGCAAUGAUGGUGCAUCCUGCUAAAAUCACAAACUUUUUUCCUCGGACACUUUGCAAUGUCAGAUAUUCUGUCCAAUACAAAGGAAAGGAGGCCCAUGCAGGGGCUUGUCCUUGGGAAGGACGGAAUGCACUGGAUGCCGCAGUGUCCUGCUACCUAAACAUUGCGCAGCUGAGGCAACACCUUAAACCCUCUUGGAAGAUUCAGGCUAUCAUCACAAAGGGUGGAACUAUUCCAAAUAUCAUUCCAUCUGCGGCGGAGAUGGAAGUUCAUCUGAGGACUCCAACGCGAAACGAGUUGAAAGUUCUUAGAACGAGAGCAGAAGCGUGCUUUACCAGUGCUGCCACUGCUACAGGAUGUGAAGUGCAGUUCCGCUAUGAUGAAGCCAACGCCUACGAAAACCUCAUUACGAACAAAGUUUUGGCAAAUAUAUUCAAAGAAUAUGCAGAAAGAUUAGGCCUGAAUAGGCGACCCGGGGAAGGCGAAGCGACAUUCUUUGGCUCCACAGAUAUGGGAAAUAUAUCGCACGUAGUACCUGCCAUUCACUGUUUUUAUAGCAUUCCCAGCGAUGGCAUCAACCAUACCAGAUGCUUCACUGAAGCUUCCGGAGCCCCUGAAGCUCAACCUAAUACUUUGCUGAUUGGCAAAGUCUUGGCCAUGACGACCUUGAAAGUCUUCAAGUCUCCAGAAGUUUUGGAAGAAGUCAAAAAACAGUUUGAAAAAGACAUCACAGAUGAAUAGCAAACAUGAAAAGAAAUUAAAACACAAAAAAAAUUGAGGAAGAAAAGCACAACUUAUGCUACAUUUGAAUUAAAGUGUUAACAAGAGCAGGUAGUUUGCUUGGAUAAAUAGCAUUCUCAUAAUAUUUGUCUGCAUCAAAAUGUUUUUAGAAAACUCUAUGGUACCAAGACUUGCUGGAAAUAUAUCAAUAAGAAUGAAUAAAGACAAUUCAGUUAGAAUCAAUUAAAUCACCGAUGCGAAUAUAUAUAAAAGGUGUUCAAAAAUUAACCCAAGCUUUGUAUUUGCCACCAGUUGGGCAGUAAAGUUUGGCAUCUUAUUAAAAAUACCAUUUGACAGCUAAUAGUUUAGAGUUAGUAAAAGGAGCGUUACACGAACAUGAAAUAAUAAAAACAACAUGUUUUUAUUAUAGAAAAAUAUUUCAAAAAUAAUGAAAGUCUGACGACCAUAGUUCGAAGAUUUGAGAACUGGCCUCCUACAUUGCGUGAUUUAACACCAUUGGAUUUCUUUUUAUGAGGUUAUUUGAAGUGGAAGGCGUAUGCAACCAUCCCACAAGCAUGCGUGCAUUGCAGGAAGAAAUUCAAGGCCGCAUUUAUGCAAAUUGGUCACUGAAAAUAUCGACAAAAGAGUGAGUAUGUGCCAGGAAAGCCGUGGUGGCCAUUUACCCUACAUGUUAUUCCGCAUCUAACUCUAUCCUGUGUACUUUACAAUAAAAAUAUAACAAUUUUAAAAAAAACGAUGUGUUUUAUUUAAUUCAAAUCUUGCAUUAACUCGUUGUUCUAUCGUGUAACGCUCCAAUUUGACUAACCUUAAACUAUCGUCAAAUGGUUUUAUUAGUAGGGUUGCCAACACUAAACUGCACGAAUGGUGGAAAUGGCACUAAUCUCGGGACACCCUUUGCUUUCUUUACUCAGGUUUACUCUGCCUCAAGUCUAAAGUUUCUCUCCAGUCAAAAAAAACGAGCUAUGAUAUAAUUUGAAUUCAAAGAAGUCAUCAAAAACUUCUGACAGGAAAAAAACUGAUUUUUGGAAAAGUUUACAAUUCUGACCAAAUUUUACAACUAUUUUGAAUAUGUCUUUUAAGAUGCAAUCGAUCUUAAAAGAUUAUUUUUCCCACUCAUGAAUAUGAUUCAGCAUUAAUCGUCAUGCUUGUUUACAUGGGUUUCAACAAUUUUGAAAGAAAUAAAAUGAAAAUAAAGACUUUAAAUGAUGUAAUUAAUCGAAAAUGUGUUGAAAAAUACCAUUAAAAAAACUCUGAGUUCAGUCGUUGAUUUAAAGAUUGAUUUUUAAAAAAUGUUGUUCU